AUGCAGAGCAAAAUCGCCUUAAAGUAUGACGUAGCGGCAAUGAUUGGCAUGGGAACACAGGCAAAGAUACACCAUUGCAUGGAUAGGGCGACUGGAGAGGAGUUGGUGGUCAAAAUUAUCUAUUAUGGCGAUAUUGACCGAGACAGCAAGGAGUACUAUGGGAUGUCUAGGGAGGGCUACCUAAUGCAGGGAUUCCAUCACCCAUACAUCCUCCCCGUACGGGAAGUCGUCAUUGACAGCAGGCUGCAAACAAUCAAUAUUAUUAUGCCUCUCAUGAAAUACUCUCUCAAGAAGCUUAUUCAGAGCCACCGCAGACGCAGGGAACCCAUUCCUGAGGCAGACAUAUGGAAGUACACGUACCAACUUCUCAGUGCUCUGCAUUAUCUGCACGAUCCAUCGACAGAAGCAUGGUACAAAAUCCCUGAAUUACUUUCCAGAUCGACCAGUAGACGGCCAAGCUGCAUAGACGACAAAUCUGGCAACACAGAAGAUGAUCAGGGUACCGUGGACAGUGCACGUAUUCACUUCCCCAUACCCCACCGUGACAUCAAGCCAGAUAACAUCUUGUUGGACUACGAUAAUAACAUCAAGCUAGCAGACUUUACUAUGGCGGCACAGUUUGAUGAAGAGGAGCUGAGGCAGUUGAAGAACAUUACCCUUGACUACGUUACUAACACAGAGGAGUCGGGCUUUGCUGGAGCGCCAGGAUACAGGGCUCCUGAAGCGUACUAUUCUGUAGCUGGGGUGGAGAAUGAUAUCUGGGCUCUUGGAUGCGUUGUUUAUGAGAUGGCCACUACGGAGCGCCUUUUCCCCAAUACCGAUGUCCAAAAGGCAUACUUUUCGGGAGAAAAUCGUUUCGGCAUAUGCUUGCCGGGGAGAUCCUCUGAGUUAGUUAAGCUGGUGGAGGCCAUGCUGACCAUAAACCCAGCCGCUCGACCUAGAGCAUCUCAACUCCUCCGUAAUCCCUGUUUCAAAGAUAUUUUGUCGGAUGAUUUGAAAAGGGAACUGUACGUGCCCAGCGAUAUAGCUAGAAAGCUUCUUUUUAGGGUUGAAACUUGUGACGAGUUGAAGCAGCUUCUUUGCAAGCUAUCAUGGUCUGGGAGUAUUGAUGAAUGUUCGCUGGAGUACCUCUUUAACAUCUUGCGGAGCCUUCCUCUUACUGAAAGUGUUGUUAGAACAGUUGGGGAUGAUAGCAAUGACGCUAAGCCACGGAUUAACUCUUCUUCCCAUUCUUCUGCCCGAAACAGUAUCAGGAUCAUGGAGCCAGAAGCCUCAAACGAUAGGUCAAUGGAUAGGCACGCCAAUAAAGUGCAAUCUAGCAGAUUGGUUGAUGAGCCUAUUUCUCCGUCGCGGGGCUACAUUCUUUACAGUAACAUCUCUCCAGAGCGCUAUAAUAGAAGAUGUGCACUUCCUACCGAUUCAGCUGUUGACAAGAGACGUGCUUUCUCAGCGACUCCAAGCUCUCCCCGCAGUGAGGAGCCUGCUAGAGCACAGCGUCUGGCCACUACUGAUGUUGCCAGAAUCAGCACUCCUAUAGAUGGAGAUGAGGAUGUUCUGGCCGCACAGAUGGAAGCAUCCUUGUCGAAGUUUGACGAAUUUUGCACCAUUAAAGAGCUCCGAGAAAUGCAGAACUUAACAGACUUGCGUAAUAUGCCGGAUGAGCGUGCUGCACAACGAUCGCAUUCUGCCUUUUCUAUAAUCAAGGAAAACGUACGGCACUUUUCGUAUCCUUCCCCGGCAAGACUCCAGGAAGAUUAUAAUGAGAAAUAUGAAUCUGCUAAGUGGAACCCCAAGGGGUUUGCAUCCUUAAAGUAUGCAGACUCUGUUACUCGCUGCAUUGAAAAGCUUCGUCAAAUAAACCGUACAUGUCAGCACGUGCGAAGCAAUAGUCCCGUCAAUAGCCAUGGCAGGACCUCAUCUGCACAGUCAGUUCAUCAUUCAAUCUCAAUCCCUCGCGGCGUUUUGACGCAGAGACGCCUUUCUUGA